AUGUAUUCCGCGUCAAGAACUUCACGUCGUUCUACUUCACGAUAUUCUUUCGCUGCGAAUCAUAAUAAUAAUGUUAACGGUGGCGAUUCUUUUACCAACUAUAUUGAUCUUGACGCACCGUUUACGUCUGUGCAAUUACGGCAAAGUGACAAAGAUUUUUCCGAGUCACGUGAAGUAAAUAUUCCGGGGUUUAUUCAACAUAAUAAUGGUAAUGGAAGGUCUUUAUACACAUCAUCUUUGCCCGUUAUGCAUUCAGAAGGAAAUCCAAGGGAUUGUUUAAGAAAUGAUGAAUAUUGGACAAGAACAAUCACUAAUUCGUCACGAUCGGUACCAGUACGAAACAAUGAACCACAAUACGAACAGAGAGCCACAGGGAGACGACGGAAUCAUCUGCAAGCACCUUUUUUAGGCUCAUCACAUAUAUCGUGGCUUGGACAACAUCCACAUGCAUUCACAAGCAUUCAGCAACAUUACGGACACGAUAGUCCAGAUUUAUCGCAAAAAAGCUCAAAUGAGAUGGUAUUAUUACCAGAAUCAGAAACUUCCAAAUCAGUCCAUUCUUCACAAGAAUUAAUACCUGAACUCUUCCUCUUUAGUAUUUUUGAUGCGAUCAUGAAACAUCUUAAUGCGAAAUACGCGUUAAGAUCAUCAUUAAAAAAUUCUAGAUAUGUUGCUUUACUACGUGUACCAAUUUUAAAAAGAUCUUUUGGUGGUUUUAAAGGAACAUGUAUCUUGGCAAAGGAACUAGUAGCAGAAAUGGCUCUUAAAGAAUUGAUAAAACAAAUGCCUCACGUUGUUUACAUAGUAUUGAAAUCUAAAGGACUAGAUGAUGUUAUGGAUAUAAAUGAAUUAGAGGAGCUUUGUGCAAAUGAAAAUAAGGUGACAAUGGAAAGUAAGAAUGGCUUAAAAGGUUCACACAAACAGAUACAUCCGAUAUGCAAAGAACACUGCUGUGAGGAAGAUAUUGAAAUUGAGAAAUUGGAUGAAAGUAAUUUAAAAACUUAUUGUCCUAUUGAAAGCUCGAAAGAAAAGAGCUCGACAAUAUUCAGAAGAAAAAUGUAG